AUGUCAAGCAAAAAGUUUCCUGGUUUAUCUGCCCGUGGCGGCUCAAAUGUUACAGCAGUAAUGCCCAAAGUCGCCGCUGCGGUGGCAGCCCGCUCAUCAGGAUCCCAAAUCGACCUAGCCUCCGCGGAGAAUUGGCUAAUACGACCUGAUAUCAUCGAAAUCUGUAAAGAUGCAAUCGCAAACAAUCUACACCCCAUAUAUCUCUCGUAUCCCCGAGCUUUUGCGGGAUUCCCUGAGGUUUUGGAAGCAUUUAAGGGCUUUUUAAAUAAGUUUUUUAACCCCGGGAUUCCGGUAGAGAAGGAGCAUCUUGCUACGUCUCCUGGGGCGGCGAGCUGUAUUGAUACUUUGUUGUAUAACAUCUGUGAUCCUGGGGAUGGAAUUUUGGUGCCAGGCCCGUAUUGGAUUACGUAUUUUCUCCUUUGAAAAUUUAUUGGCUAAACAAAAUAGGUGGGUUUGAUUUCCAAUUUCAAGCGAGGUCGUCUGUAAUCCCGGUUUCUGUAGUAACAUCAGACUUGAACUCUGCAAUGAGCGGAUCUUUGGUCCCUGCACUAGAAGCAGCUUUUGAAAACUCCAAAAUUCCAAUCCGUGGAGUCUUGAUUUCAAACCCCCAAAACCCCCUUGGGCAAUGUUAUGCGGUAAAGGUGAUUGAAGAAUGCAUCAAAUUUUGCCAGCGAAAAGACAUACAUUAUAUCUCCGAUAAAGUACACGGUAUGACGAGUUUUUCUUGUCCAGAUUUCCCCGAACCGGUACCCUUCGCUUCGGCACUAUCACUUGAUAUAGCGGGAAUCGGAUGCGAUUUAUCUCGUGUUCACAUUGUGUGGAGUACUAGCAAAGAUCUAGGACAGAGCGGAAUGCGAAUCGUAAGUCAUACUUCAAAGCUUGCGUCCUCGCAGAGCUGAUUUAAGAAUAUUAGGGCUGUACGAUAACUCAGGGAAAUAAAGAAAUGGCAGUUGGAGUAACACUAGCUUCACAUACAACAACCUCAUCACUGUCUUCAAUUUGUGCUUCAGCCAUUCUCACCUCCCCAAAGUUGCCGGAUGUAUUUGCUAAGAAUUCCGAGCUUCUAUCUACUGGAUAUUCGAAGGUGGUGAAAGUCUUGAAAAGGCAUAAAUUGCGGUAUUUCCCUUGCUAUUCCGGAUUAUAUAUUUAUGCUCAAAUUGCGCCAAAUUGCGAUACCUGGGUCGAAGAGAGCAGAUUAGUGCAGAGAAUGAAGAAUGCAGGAGUUUUGGUGAGCAGCGGACGUGGAUACCAUGGGCCAGAAAAUGAGAAAGGCUGGGCUCGUAUUGGAUUUGCUAUUCCAAGUAACGAACUGAAAGCUGCUCUUGGGAUCAUGGAUAACGUGUUCGGGAAGGAGGCGGUCUUACGAGAACGUGAUAAAUAUAUGAAGAGUCUCGAAAGAGAAACUCAACAGCUAGAGAAAUCGUUUCUUGAGACUCAAAUGUAG